AUGUCCCAGACUGUUCUUCGUCUUUCCGCCCGCGAUUCCUGGGACAAGCUGGUCCAACACCAAGAAGCCAUCCCCUCCGCCGGCAAGCAUGAAGUUCUCAUCAAAGUCCGCAGUGUUGCCCUGAACUUCCGUGACAUUGCCAUCUCAACCGGCCAAUAUCCCUUCCCAGUCAAGGAUCAGGUCGUGCCAGGCUCUGAUGCUGCCGGUGACAUCGUCGAGGUCGGUGAGGGUGUCUCCGGACUGCAGCAGGGAGACAAGGUUAUCGUCAAUUUUGACCUCGCUACUACAUACGGCCCCAUGAGGAGCUGGCAUUGGGGCAUGGGUGGUCCCGUUGACGGUGUCAUGCGGGAAUACUUCUCUGUGCCUGCACACGCUGUGAUUAAGAUCCCCGAGUCUUCGAAGUUGAGUUAUGCCCAGUGGGCGGGUGUCGUGUGCACCGGAGUUACGGCGUGGAAUGCUCUGUAUGGGAACGUACCUCUGCGCCCAGGUCAGUCGGUGCUUUUCUUGGGAACCGGUGGAGUGUCUAUCACAGGUCUUGUCCUGGCCAAGGCGGCCGGCGCGACUACUAUCAUCACCUCAUCCUCUGACGAGAAACUCCAGCAUGUCAAGGAGAAGUAUGGAGUUGACCAUACUAUCAACUAUAAGAAAACGCCCAACUGGGCUGCUGAGGUGCAGAAGGUUACGAACGGCCAAGGUGCAGAUUACAUUUUCGAAAACGGAGGAGCAGGGACCAUCAAGCAGUCACUCGACGCCGUCGCGUACGGUGGCACUAUUGCGGUGAUUGGUUUCCUAGCUCAGGCUUCCCAGGAGGAAAUGCCGAACGUUGCUGCAUUGGCUAUUGGCAAGGGCGCCGUGGUUCGUGGUAUUAUGGUGGGAUCCAAGCAGCUGCUGGAAGAAGCGGUGCGUUUCAUUGGAAACCGGAAUCUUCCCGUGCCGGUCGAGAAGACGUUCAAGUUCAGUCGUGACCAGGUGGUCGAGGCCUAUGGCUACCUGGCUAGUGGGCAGCAUGUUGGCAAGGUCUGCAUUGAAUUUUGA